UCGGAAUCUAGAGUUGGGUUCUUCAGUUGUCAUCAGCUUCGUCGUGUUGGAUUAGAGUCAAAAGGGUAUUGUUACUAGCUAGCUUUUUUGUCUCGUUGAUCAAUGCUUUGCUCUAUAUUAGUUUUGAGGAACACAUUAGCGAUGAAUCAGAUACAUUAGCGAUGAAAAUAAUCCAUAGAUCUCUGCUUAACUUUUUUUUGUUUUUAGCUGCUGGGGAUAGAAUUUUGUUGUUGUUUACCUUUCUUGUUGUUAGCUUGUCUAGGUGUGACAGAACAAAUCUUAAGUUAGUUGUUCUGUUUUCGUUUGUCUAAUUUGGUUGCUUAGUGUGUUGUGUAUUCAUCAGAUUGUGAAAGUACAGUGAUUGCAUUGUGAUUGGUUUGUUCUUUAUCACACAGUGAGCAUAUGGAAUCUGAUCACAGUUAGCUAAUUUUUUUGUUGUUUCAGAUUUUGGGAGUUCUUGUUUCAGAUUCUAAUCAUUUGAUUUCACAGACGUGUUAGUGUGUUGUUACUUGUUACCCAUUGUUUAUUCAAAGUACAGAUUACGUUUAUUGAUCUCUCAUACCACACAGGCCUUUAAACUCAACUCUUCUUGUUAACAUGCUCGUCACUCGUCUCUCGUGUAAUCUUGUCACCUUUGUCACAUAUACACAUCAUAAUUUGGGAGUUCUUGUUUCAGAUUCUAAUCAUGUUUUGGGAGUUCUUGUUUCAGAUUUGUAGUGAUGAUGAAACUGCUUGCAUCUCUUGUUUGCUUUCUUGUUGUUCCUGCUUUCUUGUUGAUCUCUACUUAAAAUAUUCAUUUGUGAUCUCCAACUAAUUUCACAAAAGAAGUGAAUCCCAAGAGAGAGAGAGAGAGAGAGAGAGAGAGAGAGAGCCGCCCCACCAUGUACGGGAGAAAAGGGUAUCAGCUGGUGAAAGAUUUUGCCAGCGGAGAGAAAGGUCAGCUCAAACCUUUUAACAGCAAGCUCUUUGACGAGACAAUUGAAGAAUGUGACCAGAAUCACCAUCUUAUCCAGUCCUUGAUUAGGAAAAUGCAACAAGAAGGUUUGGAUGUUCAGAACAAUAGAAACGCUGACCACUAUGGAGCACUCAUUCAUCACCUUUCUUUGAUCCGGAACAAGCGCUGCCUCAUGGCUUAUCUGCCACUUGUGUCCCUAUCUAGGUACAACCGAGCAGAGAUUGUGCGGGAUUUGGCAUGGAGAGUAGGCCUUGAACUUCUCGACCUUCCCUCUGACAUCCAAGGGAAGCUCACUACACUGGAAAAAGACUACUUUAAGAACCAUUCCGUAGCUCUUAAAUCAUACAUGGGAAAAGUAGGAAUUGAGUUGAAUGUUGAUAUGGUGCCUCCAAAAGAUCCUUACAUCAAGGUCAGAAUUCUGGAUGAUAUUGAUGAAGGAAUCGUGCUGAGUGACAAAACAACAAAUUUUGCCCGUCAUUCUAUGCAUUUCCUCAAACGAACUGAUGCAGAACCCUACAUUGCUCGGGGCCAAAUGAAGGAGCUGACAGAUUAAUUGAUGUAGUCUGAAGCUGUGGUCUGGUCUGUGAUAAAAGAGUGUAAGCUUAUUUAGCCAUGUGUAAUUGUAAGACAGGAACAUGAAACCUCAUACGCAACUCAUUAUAUUUUAUCUUGCUAAGUGACUUCACUCUGGUGGGGAUAACAUCAUUGCAUUCAAAUAGAAGAGGAGGCAGAAUGUAAAUGGUCUGGUGCGAGGUGAGUUGAUUACAAAAUGAAAAUAUUCAAUUUUUUGUCUCAAGUAUUUACGAACCGUGGCAUUAUAAAAGUUUAGCUGCGUAGUUAGUUAUAUAGUUUUUAUGCGAAAAAACUUAAUUUAAGUACCUUAUUAGUGUGAGUCGGGGUUACCAAAUAUAAACAUUAUGAUCA